AUGACAUCAACACCAUGUAUAUUUACUUCAAUUACUCCUGCUUGGAAUAAUCAAAAUUUAUCAAGACUUGCUGAAGAAAUUCAAAGCUCUUUGGUAUUUGCUCAUGUUAGAGCUUCUACAACUGGUGCUUUAUCUGAAACUAAUUGUCAUCCAUGGAGAUUUGGCCGUUUAAUAAAAUUACAACAAUCUUUAAGAGAUGAAUUAUUUUUAUUCGUUCAAGGAAAUACUGAUUCAGAAUGGGCUUUUGCUUUGUUUCUUAAUCAACUUGAAGAUCCAAUUAAUGGUCAAUUUGAUCAUGAAACUUUAAAAACUGCAAUGUUAAAAACUAUUGAACUAUUAAAUAAUUGGGCUGAAGAGGCUGGAAUUAAUGAGGAACAACAUUUACAGAGUAUAAGCCUGGACAUUACAGAAUGGUAA